UUGAAGUUGUGAUUAUUAAUUUGAGAUGAUGGAAAAGGCUGAUUCUAGCAGGAGAGCAUCGAGAAACCAGCUGAAUUCCCUUCCCGUCCUUGCCAUCCUGGCCAAGGAUGUGGGUGAGCUUGCAGUCAAAGAGAAGGAUACGUUUAGUCCUAUCUUGAAGAUAUGGCACCCCUUUGCUGCAGGGGUUGCUGUUGCCACUCUACAUGUUUGCUAUGGGAAUGAGCUGAAACAAUUCAUUUCAGGCAUUACAGAAUUAACACCAGAUGCAGUGCAAAUAUUGAGAGCUGCAGAUAAGUUGGAAAAAGAUCUCGUCCAAAUCGCAGUUGAAGACUCGGUGGAUAGUGAUGAUGGUGGGAAGGCCAUUAUUCGCGAGAUGCCUCCUUAUGAAGCUGAAGGUGCAAUAGCCAAUUUGGUAAAAGCUUGGAUAAAGACGAGGAUAGACAGGCUAAAGGAUUGGGUUGAUAGAAAUCUUCAACAAGAGGAUUGGAAUCCACGAGUGAAUCAAGAGGGAUUCGCUGCUUCAGCAGUGGAGGUUCUACGAAUAGUUGAUGAGACAUUAGAGGCUUUCUUUGAGCUGCCAAUACCGAUGCAUCCUGCAAUACUUCCCGACUUAGUGGCUGGCCUUGAUAAAUGUCUUCAAUAUUAUGCGACUAAAGCAAAAUUGGGCUGUGGAUCAAAAAAUGUGUAUGUUCCUACAAUGCCAGCCUUAACAAGAUGUACCACGGGUUCAUCAUUCAAUUGGAAGAAGAAAGAGAAGUCGACCACCUUGCAGAAGAGGAAUCCUCAGGUGGCUACUGUCAACGGUGAUAACUCCACUGGGGUACCACAGCUAUGUGUACGUAUUAACACGUUGCAUAAAAUACGAUCGGAGUUGGAAGUUGUUGAGAAAAGAAUAAUUACCCUGCUGAGGAACUCGGAAUCUGCCCAUGUAGAAGACUUCGCGAACGGGUUGGGGAAAAAGAUGGAUUAA